CGCUCGUGCUCCCGCCCGAGGCCGCCCGCGCCCGCCUCCCGCCGCCGCCCCGGUCUGACCUGACCGGGAAGCAGUUCCGCGGGCCGCUGCUGCCGUGACUCAUCGGCCCGCCCGCGUCCCCCGAUCGGGCCAUCUUGGUCGCGGCCGGCGCGGCAGACGGAGCCGCGGAAGAAGCCGCGGAGACCCAGGUACGCGCCCGCCGCCCGUCCCGGGUCCCCGCGCCGCCGCAGGUGCAUCCGCCCUUUGUUCUGCGCAAGGGCCCAGAACAAUCCACCCCCCUGUGCAGCCCGCCCUGGCCUAGUGAGGUCUGCGUUAAAAGAGCCGCUUCCGGAAUCGGCAUCCCCCAGGGCCUGCCCCACCUGCCUGGCCCCGGCUGUGCUCGGCCCUCGGCUCCGUCUGCCCUGCCUUCUUGUUUGGCCUUCUCAGCCGCUCUGAGUGUUGAACCCCGCCCUUUCCCUGAUUCCUGUCGGGGUCUACCCAACUUUAGCAUCACAGGUGCUCAGGUUCUGGGCUACCCACACCCCCUUCUCCCAGCCCACCCGUCUCAGCCUUAGGCUGACCUCUGGCCAACAUGGUCCAACCCCAGACAUCAAAAGCUGAAAGCCCGGCCUCGGCAGCAUCUACCAAUGCCCAAAUGGAUGACGUCAUCGACACCCUGACCUCCCUGCGCCUCACCAACUCCGCGCUGAGGCGGGAGGCGUCUACCCUGCGGGCAGAGAAGGCCAAUCUCACCAACAUGCUGGAGAGCGUGAUGGCAGAGCUGACCUUGUUACGCACCAGGGCCCGGAUUCCGGGGGCGCUGCAGAUCACCCCGCCCAUCUCCGCAAUUACCUCCAACGGGACCCGACCAAUGACCACGCCUCCAACCUCUCUGCCCGAGCCCUUUUCUGGAGACCCCGGGCAGCUGGCAGGGUUCUUGAUGCAAAUGGACAGGUUCAUGAUCUUCCAGGCCUCCCGCUUCCCGGGUGAGGCGGAACGAGUGGCGUUCCUUGUGUCCCGGCUGACCGGGGAGGCAGAGAAGUGGGCGAUCCCCCACAUGCAACCUGACAGCCCCUUGCGAAACAACUAUCAGGGAUUCCUGGCAGAGUUGCGGAGAACCUACAAGUCUCCACUCCGGCAUGCACGGCGCGCCCAAAUCAGGAAGACUUCUGCCUCUAAUCGGGCCGUGCGGGAGCGGCAGAUGCUGUGCCGCCAGCUGGCUGCGACAGGCACGGGGCCUUGCCCGGUGCACCCAGCCUCCAGCGGGACUAGUCCAGCUCCGGCUCUGCCCAGCCGAGCUCGGAACCUUUAAGAGUCGGCCACCACCCGGGUCGCAUCUACAGCCACGCAGACAGCAUACACCCUUUGCUACGUAGAAGAAAUGUCCAUAGGACAGCAUCACCCUUGUUUGAAGACAUUCGUCCCUGCCUCUCCAGACCUGUACCAUAAGGAGAUCUUCCUUCAUCACUCUUGGGCGCCCUGUCACCCACCUUGCUUCCUAGUGAUCUGUGCUAUAGCUUUGUCCCCACCGUGCAUGCUUCCCCUCUCUUGCUUGCCGCCCCAGCUCUCCUGGUGACCACAGCUCUGCUGCUUGGCCACAGUGACCCCACAGCCUGCUGCCGAUCAUUUGGGCUGAUCUCUCCCAGCCUGACUAGAUUCAUGGACGCUCCUACUCCACCCUGUGCAGGCCCCCCUGGCGACUCCCUGCUGAUGAUAGAGGGGAGCCACUUUGGCCAGGCUGGUGGUGUGUUUUGGGUACGUGGGGGAGGGGAGUUUGGCUUCGCACCUGUAGGUGAUCACCAGCCCUGCCAGGCCCCGGGAUAGCAGGCGGGGGCCUCGAUCUUGCUGCGGUGGCCAGGUGUUCACUGCUGGGAGUGUGGUGCAAGCAUUUCUGGUGGGCAGGCUUUGCUCUGCGCAUGAACACGGAAUCAGUGUGUCCCAUUGUCGCCCCUGGGAAAGACCACUAAUGCAGCUAAAGGGAGAAGCCCCCAGAGGAUGCACCUGCAGGAAUGCUUGGCUUUAGUUGCCAAUGUUCUGACAGCGCUGGGCCUUCUGGGAAUCUGGAACUUCCCUGCUACAUAGGUCAUCGUGACUGUGGAUCACUGAGCGGUUCCACGGAGCCAACACAGGCAGCACGUUCAUGUACAUCCCUGCCCGAGGCCCACAGCGGGCUGAGGAGGGGGGGGUGCGCCAGUGGGAAACACCACCACCACCAGCUAGUGUGUAGUCACCCCCUGCUCUCUGCGCUCAUCACUCGGCGGUAGGCCUGUCUAGCUUGAGACCUGUUCCCAUCUUCAUUCAGGUGACAUGUGGCCUUCACCUCGGCCCCCUCGGCCACCCGCACCACCUCUAGGUCUCCAAAGCGGCGUGGAGCAUGUCCUCCCCAUGCCUGGGCUGUCCCAUUGGGUGUCUAGCCUUUGUCUAAGAAAACAGGGACUCCUAGCCGGAGACCCAGAUCCUCUGGGAUGCAUCAGUAAGCACUUAAGGAAGGCCCCACCCGGGCCUUUGUGGCAUUUGUAAAGGGAAAGAGCUGCAGUCUACCUUGGUCUUAAUGUGGGGACGGGACAAAACUGACACUUGGGUCUGAAUUCCGAGGGACAAAGCUACACCUCCGAUGGUGGGUGGCCUUUGGGCUCCUCACAGGGGACACCCAGAAAUCACUUUCUAAAUGAGACUUGGUCAAGCCCUUUGGACCAUGAUGAUCUCGCCAUAUUUAAUGCCAAACGGACCGCAUUUACAUGACCACCUGGACCAUGGGGAAGAUGAGGUGUCUUACCCUGGGUCCACCUGCCCCGUCCGAAUGGUCCUGGCCUGACUGCAGAAGGAUAGCCUCUGCACCCACCCGGAGACCAGUGUCUUGGGAUACCCAGAGGUUGGGUCCUAGGGUCCAGCCUUUGUUCCUAAGAGUUUUGAUGAUGCUGGGGACAGGGACUGCGUUCUUGAAGUGACCACUGCCUUGCAAGGUCAAGGAUAUUCAGUGGCCGCUGGGGUUCGUGGACCACUGCCACCCACUCAUUGUAAACUCUGUUAGCCCAAUCGCCCUGCUGAAGAACUGCCUGAAUACAGGCUUCAGGCCCCCCUGGAUUCCAGCCAAGGCUGCUCAGGUGGGACCAUGGUGCUCAUUAAGCAUGAAUGGGGGGGGACACAGUGGGGCCACCAUUCUGGGGGGUGGGACCUCUAGUGGGGGAUGUACAGAUCACUUUCUCUGUGCUCAGUGCUCUACUGUCUGCCUGCUGGGUGGAGGUGCCCACGGAUGAAGGGGUGCAGGCACCUGGGGGACAGGAGGCCCGCCGGGCGUAGGUGGCACCCUGAAUGUUUCCACGUGGCCCAGCCUGGCGAGGGCAGGAGACCCCCCCAUGGAAGCAGGGCGGGAACCGUGCCAUCUCGCCGACCCCUGGGCCCGCCCACGUGGCACGUAGAAGUCCUACUGUGCUUGCGUUGCGCGCAGCCUUGGAGUUGUGCGCUGUGUGCAGCAGGGCCUGAGCUGCGGAGGGCCGGGCUGGCCGUGCUGCCUGUCCCCCCGUGACCCGGCCCGUCCAGGCUGCCGCCCCAGGCUCCAGCCUCCAGCCCCCUUUGGUUCGGUGAGUUGUGUUUCAGCCGCUGGUGCUUCUGUUCCUGGGCUUGGGACUGGUGCUGUUGCACAUCUGUGACCUUGACCGCUUCCGGCGGUCUUGGAAGUGAGUAGACGAGAGGCUCAGGGGGUUGCCCCGCAUCGGACUCAGACGAGGCCCCACAUUGGGAGCCCCCCUGUGGCUCCAGGGGAAAGACACCCGAGUUCCCAGUGGAAGAGGAGGAGACCCGCGCUCCAUGCAGCCCAGAGCCAGACCGCGGGUCGGGGAGGGUCAAGCUGAAGAAGGAAGUGGGGGAGGGGAGCGGCUUUGUACAGACUUCGGGGUUGUGGUUUCUCUCAAUUUAAGAGAACAGGUAUUGAUUUGUAAAAGGGACAGGCAGUUAGUAGUGUUAAACAGUGCACGUGAGGGAAAGUUUUAUGUUUUUCAUGGUGUUGACAUUAUUUGAAAUAUAUUGUGGUUUUUCUGGUCUACCUGAUACCCCAUCUGGUAAGUAAGCCUCCUGGCAUAACAGGGCAUCAUUUGAGAUGGAAUUUAGAAUAAGGGGUGACUUCCUGGCUGAAUGUAUAGUGUGACCUUGGGAUUACUUUAAUGUCCUAAAGCAUUUCGCUGACUUCUAGGAAAAAGCAAAGACCUGGUUCGUGGGUCCCAGGUAAGUAUAUGAUGAGUAAGUAAUGACAGGGGUGCACAGCCCCCCAAGAAGGUGCUGGUAGGACUUUUCCCGGUGUGUGGGUCCCUGCCUUCAAGUGUGACAGGCCACUUGCUGGGUCACCGCGGUCCUGGCCGUUCGGCCCAUAGGAGAGAAGUGUGAGGGAGAGUUGGGCACGUACUUAGGCUGCCUUAAGGGGGCAAGCCCUAUCGUUGUAUAAAAGGACAUUCCCGUGGGCCACCGCCAGCAGUGGAGUUUCGGUGGGAGGAGGAGGAGGAGGAGACCGAGAUCCUUGGAGAAAAACUAAGAUCCCCAGUGCCUGGGGCAUGUUAGACCCCAGUGCCCGGGGCAUGUUAGACGGGGGGCUUAGAGCUGAGGUCAAGACCGGACUCUUCAGAAGGAAGUGCAGAGCACCUUGUUGGACCAACAGCGGUAGCUUGCCGGCGUCGGGAGAGGAUUUGGGUGUAGGACAGGUCCACUGUGUGGAGAGAGCUGACGACCCCAUGGCGUCUCUUGGGGUCCUAACCUGGGGGGUGGUGGCAGUUGGUGCAGCGCAGACGCAGUGGAGGAGGUGGGAGGGACCCUGGCUCCUCACUGCAGUGUCACUAACUCCACGAGCAAGUAACAACGCACCAGGUCUUUUCAUAAUCAGAGCAAGCCCACACCUUGUAGAAAUUUUACAAAAUAAGGUAGAAAGCGAGAAGAGUGAAGUGUUAACGUGUUGGUGGCUCUCCUGCCAGGUGCGCCCCCCCUCCCCCAUCCAUCAUGGUUUUUCUUCUUUUUGUUGGGACGUAGUGGUGGUUCUGCCUUCUGUAAGGAUACAAUAUUGUGUGGGUGUUUUCACUUCCAUGAGGGAACUUCCCCGUUACACGUUAUUACUAAUUUUAGUUUGAAAUGGCUGUGUCCUCCAUCACGUAGAUGGACAGUAGUGCCCAUGGUCGAUCACCCAUGCCAUUCGUUACUAAUUUCUCACCGCCAGAAACGGAAGAAUUUCUUCGUGCAUAACGCUUUUCCCCAAUGUCAAGUUAAUUUCCUUAGGAUAGAUUCUCAGAGGUGGAGUUAUUGAAUUAAUAUGAAAACCUUUGAGCCCCUUAUUACAUAUUGACAGAACGGUUCCCAGCAAUGUUUGUAUCCAUUAACACUGCCACCAGCAAGGAUGUAUGUGCCCGUUGUACCAUCUCGCCAGCUCGGAGGAUUAUCCUCUGGCUAAAUACUUGCUGAUCUGAUAAUGAAACAGCAUUGUGUUUCAGUUUGCAUUUCUUUGCUUUCUAGCAAAGUUGAACAUCUUUCCAUGUUAAGCAGUUGUAUUUCCUCUUUUGUGGAUCGUCAGUGUCCUUUGCUCUUAUCUACUGGGGUCUGAUAAAUUUGUAUGAGCUCGUUAUAUAUUAAAGGUAUUAACCUGUUGUGUGUCA